UCCCCCCCGCAAGUCGGCGAGGUGUCGCGGCCUCCCGCGGUCGGAUUCCCGCAGUUUGGAAGCCUCGCCGCACGGUGAUUGGUCGCGGGCGGUUUCCCUCCGGAGAAUAGGGCUGCGCGCGCGACCUUGCGGGUGGACCCGGCGCCGGGUGAUGCAACGUGCGACGUCGGGGCUCCGCGCCUGGGAGUCCGCCGCCGCCGCGCGCCGUCUGCGCUGCCGCCAGCUGGUGUGGAGCUGGACGCUGAGGCGGGGAGUGAGCAGUGACAUGAUGAGGAACUCGACGCUGCUCAAGUGGGCGCACAACAACAGCAACAACAAGCAGGCGGCGAAGAUAGGGAACAGGAACUGGAUACACCCGCCCGACGCGCUGCAGCGGGGUCACAUCGCCUACCUGGUCAAGUUCUUGGGCAACACGGAGGUGGACCAGCCGAAAGGCAUAGAGGUCGUGAAGGAAGGCAUCCGCAAGCUGAAGUUCAACCAGCAGCUGCGGAAGGCGGAGGGCAGCAAGACGCCCAAGGUGGAGCUGACCAUCAGCAUCGACGGCGUGGCCAUCCAGGAGCCGAAGACCAAGCAGAUCAUGCACCAGUACCCUCUGCACCGCAUCUCGUACUGCGCCGACGACAAGGGCGAGAAGCGCUUCUUCAGCUUCAUCGCCAAGGAGGUGGACUCGGAGCGGCACAUGUGCUUCGUUUUCGUCAGCGACAAGCUGGCUGAGGAGAUCACGCUCACCAUAGGCCAGGCGUUCGACUUGGCGUACAGGCGUUUCUUGGAAACUUCCGGCAAGGACCUAGAAGCGCAAAGACGGCUGAUGCUUCUGCAGCAGAAAGUUAAAAAACUCGAGACUGAGAACGGUGUUCUCAGGCAGAGGCUAACAGACAUAACAGAUAUAGCUCAGAUCAAGAGUCAGAGCGACGUGGAAGAGUACCUCGCCAGGAACGGCAUCAGCGACUUGCUGCUGGUGACGGGCGGCGCGACGAGCGACUCCUGCUCCUCCCAGGACCUGAACUCGACUUCGAGCUCGAAGGAGAACGGCAGCAGCAGCGGAGACAACCUCCUCAUCUUCAACAACACUGCCGCCAGCACGACUACCGCCUCGAGCAACGGCUUCGCCAGCUCCCCCGCGCAGCCUCCCCCCGUGCCGCCGCGGGCGUUCGAGACCGGCAUGCCGUUCGGGGAGGAGAACUUCCUGAGCGACGGCCCUGCCGUGCAGCCGGCCGUGGGCACGAAGCUGGAAGGCCUGCUGCUGGACGAGCUGGAGGAGGACUUCAACCCGAGGGCGUUCGAGCGCGGGAGCAGCGUCGGCGCCGCCUCCGCCACCAACGGCUCCACUUCCCCGACGCCGCUUCUGGCCCCUCCACCCAAAGUGUCCCGGGACUCGCGACGCGCGCAGUACCCUGCCAACGGCACGUCGUCGAGCCCGUUCCAGGAGGACCUGUUCGGGUCGGUGCCGUUCAACCCGGCCCCGCCCGUCCCGAGCCCCAGGAGCCCGCCGGCCGGCCAGCUCGCCUCGUCGGACCCCUUCGGCAUGGGCACCUUCGGGGCCCACGAGGGCGACCCUUCGCAGCAGGAGCUGGAGAACGCCAUAGGGCUGCUGGACAAGAAGAUCAUGGAGAUGAAGGAUGGAUUUAGCAGAGGGCUGUCUUUUGGUAACGACGACUUCUCCCUGGAGAGUCUAGACCCUUUGCGCCACUGAGAACCGGUGGCGCUGCGAACAGCCGUGAAUCUCCUUGUGCACUGUUGCCACACGCACGGACGAUCGACCAGACCUUCGGAGGACGGGUUGACGAGCCUGUGUGACUAGGGAUGAUGUCUUCAGCUGCCAAUACUCGAUGGAUCAUAUCAGCAUAUACAUAUAUCUUUUUAAAGCUUUGUAUAAAGAAGUGUGAAUUGCUUUUGACUUAUAUAACGUCUAGAAAAAUUAAUUCUAUAAUUGUGAUAAGUGCUGUACAUACGUGCCUGAAGUGCCUUAUUGAAACGUAAUUAACUAUUUGUGUAUGAGAGUAACAAUGUUGUAUGUUGUUGUGUGAAAUUAAUUAUUUUAACAGUUUCGCCAAAAGUAUUAAUUGCUUGUUAUACAGAAAAUAUUGGAAUGGAUACGCUAUUGAAGAGAACAAGUUCUAUACUUCCAGUAUGUCUUCCAUUAUGUAGAGAUGUUGUGUAUUGCAGCUUAGCAACAAGUAAACGGCAGAAUAUAAACUGUUGAUUGUGCAGUGCAGCAUUUAUGAAUUGGAGUACAGUAUUUAAUUUCUCGUGAAUGUUAGUGUUCUGCAUGUUGUUUAACGUGGCAUAGUUAGAAUAGCUAUGCAUCGUAUUAUUGUUAUUGAUGUAUAAAGUGUUAUAGUAGUGAUGUGGAAUACAGACAUCCAAAUGCUCGAUAUAUUUGUAAAUAUAUUAAUGUUUUUGUUA